AUGGACCGCAUUGUUCUUAGUGUAGCUAUAGUUCCUAUUGCCAAGGAAUUUGGCUUUGGCAUUGCUGCCCAGGGUCUGAUACAAUCCGCAUUCUUGUGGGGUUACAUGGGAACUCAAUUGCUGGGCGGAACGAUGGCUGAUCGUGUGGGAGGCAAGCUGGUGAUGGCAUGGGGCAUUGCCGUCUUCUCGCUGACAUCCCUUCUGAUGCCACUGGCCCUCUCCAAAGCUGUCGCUGCUGCUGCCCUGACAUUCCCAGCAGUGUUGGCCACGCGAGUCUGCAUUGGCCUGGGAGAAGGCGUUGCCUUGCCAGCGAUGAAUAACAUGGUGGCUGGUUUGCAACGCGAAAAGCGAUCUACCGCUCUAGGCAUCGCAUUCACAGGGUUCCAUUGCGGCAACCUCAUUGGCUUGGCGGUGUCGCCCAUCAUUCUUGCUGCAUUCGGCUGGCGCUCCCUCUUCCUGAUCUUUGGCAUCCUGGGUGGCCCAUUACUGGCAUUCUGGCUCUCUGUCGUGCCUACCUCAACUCCAAAGGGACGAGAGGGAACAAUUUCACCAGCAAAGAAGAAGGUCAAUGCUGCGAUUCUGCUGCGCAGCCCUGCCACAUGGGCAAUCAUUGUUGUGAACAUCGUCAAUCACUGGGGGUACUUCAUCUACCUCAACUGGAUGCCAUCCUACUUUCACCACGUCUUUGGCCUCGAUAUGAAGUCCUCCAGCUUCCUAUCCUUCCUGCCAUGGACCGUCAUGGCGCUGGGGUCCAUGUCAGCGGGCUUGCUGGCCGAUGGGCUGGUGAGGAGGGGGAUGUCAGUCACCAAUGUGCGCAAGGCCGUCCAGACGGUGGCGUUCCUGAUACCGGCUGCAGCCCUCAUCGUGCUUGCCAACCCGGGCAUCUCCACCACCACAGCUGUGGCCUGCCUCACCAUCGCGCUCGGCACCACCUCCCUUGGGCAGGCAGGCUUUGUGGCCAACAUGGCCGACAUCGCCCCUGGGAAUGCCGGGCAGAUGUUCGGGCUGUGCAACACCUUUGGCUCCCUGUCUGGCAUUGUGGGUGUCUCCCUCGUUGGCUAUGUGGUGCAGCUGACGGGCUCUUUCAGCCCGGUCUUCAAGAUGACCGCCGGCUUGUACAUCUUUGGCACCAUUGUUUGGAACCUGUUCUGUACAGGAAACGUGGUUUUUGACUAG